UAAUCUCGCAUUUCAUUUUAUUGUCCACCAUAUAUAUUCCCCUUCCUUAUAUACGACUCCCCUUACUUUUCACCCACUUCCGGCGUCACUUGUUUUCCGAUAACCGUCAUUUAUUCUCCGCAACACUCAUACUUUCACAUAGGCGACAACUUCACUUAACAAUGACAGCAAGCAAUUCGGAGCCCGAGAGCAGCUCGAACUCGUUCUCAUCUUCGCCCCAAUCCCCGUCCUCUCCCGGCUCGACUCACUUCGUGAAAUCGUGCCUCGAGUCUGACAAGUCGUUGUCAGACUCGAGCAAGAAACCGAAAAGAAUAAGACACGGAAACAAACACUCGGUCUAUCACGGAGUUCGGAUGCGCAAUUGGGGCAAAUACGUAUCCGAAAUCCGCGAGCCUCGUAAAAAAAGUCGCAUUUGGCUCGGCACGUUCAGCACACCCGAAAUGGCAGCUAGGGCUCACGAUGUAGCCGCUUUGUGCAUCAAAGGAAGCUCCGCGAUCCUCAAUUUCCCGGAACUCGCGAACCUUCUGCCUCGUCCCGCCUCCAACUCGCCUCGAGACGUUCAAGCCGCGGCUGUGAAAGCCGCGGCAAUGGAUCAGUUUGACAGUACCCCUCCGUCUCUCUCCCCGUCUUCGUCGUCAACUCUCUCGUCUUCGAAUUCUCUGUCGUCUCUGGUUCUGGCUAUAGACUUAUCGGCUGCAUCUGAUGAGCUGACUGAAAUCAUCGAGCUGCCGAGUCUGGAGACGGGCUUCGAUUCAGUUGAGAUGAUGAAUAACGAUUUCGUGUUCGAUGAUUCGGUUGAGAUGGGAUGGUGCUACCCUUCUCCAUGGUCCAUGGAGAAUGCGGAGAAUGAUACAGGGGAAUUCAGCUUCCCUUUCUUCUAAUUAGGGUUUAAUUAGCUGAUUAAUUACUGUGUGCAUGUUCAUGUAAAAAAAAAAACUCUUUGUUCAAUUGUUUUGUAUUUAUCUAAUUUUUAGCCCUUUCAAAGGACUAAUUAAUUUCUUCAUCUUUUUAAGUGA